GGAAGCGGAGAGCGCGGAGCGAAGGUCACAGGCGGAGCCCCUGUUUGCUCAGGCAUGCGUGAAGGAGACGAGGAAAAAUGGAGAAAGUGGAGAGGAGCCUGUAGGUGUCUGCCGGAGGGUUACGGAAGUCAACCUCUAAAGACUCAUGUUGUCUGAGGAAGAAGCCCAGAAGAGGAGGGAGAGGAAAGAAAAGGAGUCAGGAAUGGCUGUGAAUCAGGGACAGGUGACCUUUGAGGAUGUGGCCAUCACGUUCUCUCGGGAAGAGUGGGAAUGCCUGGACCCUGCUCAGAGGGCCUUGUACAGGGACGUGAUGUUGGAGACCUACGGGAACCUGCUCUCCCUGGCUGUCUCUCAUAUACAUGUGAUCAAGAAAUUAAAACCAAAAGCGAACAGUGACACAGGAGAAGUAUUCCAAACAGUGAUGUUGGGAAGACAUGAAAGCCAUGAAAUCAGAGAUUUUUACUUCAGGGAGAUCCAGGAAGACAUGCAUGUGUUUGAGUGUCAGUGGAGAGAUGAUGAAAGAAAUUACAAAGGGAUGCCUAGAACCCAUAGUGAAAAUCUCACUAACAGAAAAAAUCAACAUGGUGGAAGGGAUACUGGAAACAAACUUAUUGAAAAUAAGCUUACAUUAAGCUUUCGGGAUGAACUGCAUAUAUUUAAAAGUGAAGAGAAAUUUGAUCAAUUUAAUCAGGCUGACAAGAGUAUCAACAGUAGUACCUCAUUUUUACCACUUCAGACAAUUUCUUCUAUUGUCCAAACCAACAUUUCUAAUACAUAUAAUAGUGACUUUAUGCAUCCUUCAGUACUGACACAAGACCAGAAAGCAUACAAGGAAAAACCUUACAAAUGUAAUGAGUGCGGCAAAACCUUUCCUUACGGCUCAAACCUCAGUAGACAUCAGUUAAUCCACACAGGAGAGAAACCAUAUAAUUGUGAUGUAUGUGGUAAGGUGUUUAGUCGAAAUUCGCACCUUGCGUGUCAUCAGAGAAUUCAUACUGGAGAGAGACCUUACACAUGUAAAGAGUGUGGCAAAGCCUUUAAUCAGCGCUCAAACCUCACUCGACAUCAGGUCAUCCAUACAAGAGAGAAGGCAUAUGAAUGUGACGUGUGUGGCAAGGUCUUCAGUCGAAAAUCAAUCCUUGGAAGUCAUCAGACGGUGCAUUUUGGAGAGAAAUCUUACACAUGUAAUGAGUGUGGCAAAGCCUUUAGGAAGCAUUCAAGCCUUACUCAGCAUAAGAGGAUCCACACUGGAGAGAAGCCUUACCUAUGUGUUGAGUGUGGAAAGGCCUUUAGGAAGCAUUCAAAUCUUACGCAACAUAAGACCAUCCACACUGGAGAGAAGCCUUACAGAUGUAAUGAGUGUGGCAAGGCCUUCAGCGUGCACUCAGCCCUAAGGAACCAUCGGAUAAUCCACACAGGAGAGAAACCAUACAAAUGUGAUGUGUGUGGCAAGGUCUUUAGUCGCAAUUCAGUCCUCGCAAGUCAUCAGAGGCUGCACACUGGGGAGAAGCCUUACAAGUGUCAAGAGUGUGGGAGGUCAUUCAUUCAACGUUCACUCCUUUGGAUUCAUGAGAAAAUUCAUACUGGCGAGAAACCUUACAAAUGUAAUGAGUGCGGCAAAGCCUUUCCCGUGCGGUCAAUCCUCACCCAGCACAUGAGAAUCCAUACUGGAGAGAAACCUUAUAUAUGUGUUGAGUGCGGCAAAGCCUUUACAAAACAUUCAAAUCUUACUCAGCAUAAGACAAUCCAUACUGGAGAGAAACCGUACAAAUGUGAGGAGUGUGGCAGAGCGUUUACCCAAAUUUCAAGUCUUAGUAGGCAUCAGAGAAGGCAUACCGGGAAGGAGACAAAUAAAUGUAGUGUGUGUGUCAAGGCUUCAAUGCAGCGUUCACAGCUUUGGGGUCACGAGAGAACUCACACUGGAGAACUCCAAUGCAACUUAUGUGGCAAGGCUUUCACCCAGCACUCAAACCUUGCGGCACAUCAGAGGAUCCAUAGAGGAGAAAGACCUUAUAAAUGUAAUAAAUGCGAUAAGGCUUUUGUCCAGAAUUCACAGCUUUGGCGUCACAAGAGAACUCAUAUUGGAGAGAAAUCUCAUAAAUGUAAUGAGUGUGGCAAAGCCUUUACAGAUAGCUCACAUCUUAAUCGACAUAAGAUAAUACAUACGGGUGAGAAACCUUACAAGUGUCAUGAGUGUGGCAGAGCUUUCACCCAAUUUACAAACCUUGCUAGGCAUCAGAAAAUACACACAGAAAAGAAACAUCAUAAAGCUGAUACGUGUGGCAGUGCUUUUAUUAAAAGCUGAAGCUUUGGGGAUCAUUGGAGAAUUCAUAGUAGAAAGAAUAUAAGGAUUGAGAUAAAACUUAUGCAGGUGGUCAAGCCUUAAGAUCAGAGACUCCAUCAAGGAGAGAAAUCAUAUAAAACCUUAAGUAUGUGGCAAAGCUUGCAACCAGGCUUGUGGAACAUAACAGAAUUCUUACCAGAGAGAAACCUUCCACAUGUAAUGACAGUGACCAGCUUUGUCAGAAAUGUGGACCUUUGUGGUCAUGAAUGAAUUCACAUAAGAUAGAAGCUGUACAAGUGUGUCAAGGCCUUUAAGCAGUGACCUCAGGAUCCACCACAAAGAAUUCAUACCGGAAAGAAACAUUACAAAUGUAACAAAGGUGAUAGUGUUCAACCAGCGCUGUCAAUCGACUUACACAUAAGAGAAUUUAUACUGGGGGAACUAAAUCUGCCAAUGGAGAAAGGACAUCUGUGGGAAAGUUUAAUUAUCUUCAGUUUGUGAAAUUUUUUUAUUUAGUUAUUUGAGGUUUCUUGAAAAGGCUGCAUUAUUGUUGAUGACCUGCAACCUGAAGUUCGAAACCUGUUGAUGUCAUAGUUUCAUUACAUGCUUUUCAUUUGUCACCAUGAUGGUCUCAGGAAAGGGAUCAGUAAGAUGAAAGGACCUACUUCUUGGGAAUUCCCUGGCGGUCCAGUGGUUAGGACUCCGCACUCUCACUGCCAGGGACCAGGUUCAGUCCCUGGUCAGGGAACUAAGAUCCCACAAGCUGCACUGCACGGCCCAAAAAAAAAAAAAAAAAAAAAAAAAGGACCUACUUCUUUAGGUGGGGUUUAUUCAUAUCCGUGUAACCUAGAAAAACUAGGACACAAUUUUAAGAUACAAUAUGAUAUAAAUUUGAGAGCCUGGGGAGUGACAGAAUAGAUGAACAUUAAUAAUACAUUAUUUGGCUGUUUGGGUUGAAUGGCAUAUAUAACAAUCUCUUUCCAUGUUAGACUCAAACAACUUACAGUUUUGAAAAUGUAUAUUCAUAAUUUGCAUUUAGCUAUUCACUCCAUGGUGUAUCCUAGAUUAUUUCUGUGCCUAUAAUAAAAAUACAGUGAAAUUUCAGAUUCUCACACCCUAAUACCUGCCUCCCAACAUUCAUGGGUAUACACGAUAUGAUUAUAGUUUUGCCUGCCUUUUUGUGCAUGGAGGCCACAAUUAGACCCAUGGAUUGCACCUUUACAUGAAGUGAAAAUAGAAAUAUAGUAAGGAUACGAAAAAUAUAAGAAAAUAGAAGAAAUUUCAGAAGUAAAGAAAUAUAACAGCCUAUUUUUUGUAAUUGGAGCACUCAGGGAAAUAAUUUGAAAGGAUCGGUGUUCAUGAGUUUCCUUUUUUUUUUUUUUUUUCUGCGGUACGCAGGCCUCUCACCGUUGUGGCCUCUCCCGUUGCGGAGCACAGGCUCCGGAUGCACAGGCUCAGCGGCCAUGGCUCACGGGCCCAGCCACUCCGCGGCAUGUGGGAUCUUCCCAGAACGGGGCACGAACCCGUGUCCCCUGCAUCGGCAGGCAGACUCUCAACCACUGCGCCACCAGGGAAGCCCCAUAAUAGCCACUUUGAAAGGCUAUAAAAAUCUAUUUGAAGUUACAGUAAUAAGUAAUAUGUUUCAUAGUUUCUAAACUGUAGUAACAUUCCAUUUUGUUAGUCAUAUUUAUCGUCUUUUUAAAAUACUGUUUAGCCCAAUUUGUAUAUUUAAUUUGUAUUUCCUUUUUAUGGAUUCAGUGAAGAAUCUGGAGGAUGCAUAAAGCAAGUUAUUUUCAGUUUUGUGUGGUAUGAAAGUGUAUGUAGAGCAAUGACAGGUACAAAGCAUGUGUUACAUUAAACACAAAGAAAGAGGCCUCUCCCGUUUUUCAUUUAGGUUGAGAGAAUUGAAAUGAUACAAGAUAAUGAACCAAAGUCUCAGAAUGUGGAAGCAGGAGACUUGUUGCUAAUGUGCAGGUGCAUCACUGGAAUUUUUGGAAACUCGGUAUGUUAAUUUAAUCUUACAAUGUAUCUCUUCAGUUCCUCCCCGUCUUGCCCUUAUUCCUGUCAUCGUCUUUUCCUUCCAUUAGUACAAUGGAGACUGGAACUCAUGUCCCCAACACCUUGUAGGCCAUGGUUAGUAUGAUAGAGCAGAUCGCUUUCCUGAGUUUGCUAUGGAGAUACUAGAUUAUGUUUGUUUUGUUGAGGUGUAAUUUGCAUAUGAUAAAAUUCACAAUUUUUAAGUGCACAGUAUGGUAGGACUUGUAUAUUUACAAUGUCCAACCACAGUAUUUUCAUCAUUCAUCACUCCCCUUUAAAAAAAACAAACAAACCUGCACACAUUAGCAGUUAUUCCAUAUUCCAUCCCCUGCCACAAGGAAACAUUAAGUUACCUUCUGUCUGAAUGUGGCUCUUUGGGGCAUUUCAUAUAAAUUAAGUCAUAUAACGUGGCCUUAUUUCUCCCUUCUUUCAGUUAGUUUACUCUCUACAAGCGUCAUCCAUAUUGUAACAUUUAUUAGUGCCUCAUAACUUUUUAUUGCUGAGUAGUCCACAGUUUGAUUACCCAGUCGUCACUCAUUGGAGGGGUUCUUUACACAUUUUGGCUGUUAAGAAAAAUGCUUCUAUGGACAUCUUUUACAAGAAGUCUUUGUGGAUAUGUGUUUUCCCUUCUCUCAGGUAUAUUUGUAUAAGAGGAAGCUCUGAUUGUGAUAUUAUAAUUUAUGACAUAUAGAUUUGGUCAUUCAGAUGAGUAAUGCAUUACUUCCACUCACACUCUAUUUGGUGAAACUGUUCUCACGGUCUUGCCUAGCUGCACAGUGGCUGAGAAAUUAGGGGAACGCGUAGCUCUUGAUGUGGAGCAAUUAAAAGAGUGAAGAAAGUCAUUAUGUUGGUGUAAUUACCAUGCAACUAUAUGUGGAAAUUAAAAUGAAUAAAAGUGAAAAAUAUAA